AUGCUGAGAUCGUUAUUGCAAAGUAGCCACCGCAAAGUGGUUGCUUCUUCAUGUGCCACUAUGGUACGUUGCAGUUCCUCGUCGACCUCCGCGUUGGCUUAUAAGCAGAUGCAUAGACAUGCUGCGAGACCACCCCUACCUACAUUAGACACCCCUUCCUGGAAUGCCAAUAGUGCCGUUUCCUCCAUCAUAUACGAGACGCCAACACCUUCUCGUCAACCAAGAAAGCAACAUGUCUUGAAUUGUUUGGUGCAAAAUGAACCCGGUGUCUUGUCCAGAAUCUCAGGUACCUUAGCUGCUAGAGGUUUCAACAUCGAUUCAUUGGUAGUGUGCAACACUGAGGUCAAGGACCUCAGUAGAAUGACCAUCGUCUUGCAAGGACAAGAUGGUGUCAUCGAGCAGGCACGCAGACAAAUCGAGGAUUUGGUUCCCGUCUACGCCGUUCUGGACUACACCAACUCUGAGAUCAUUAAAAGAGAGUUGGUCAUGGCCAGAAUCUCUCUCUUGGGUACAGAAUACUUUGAAGAUCUACUGUUGCAUCAUCACACUUCCACAAACGCUGGCGGUGCCGACUCCAACGAAUUGGUUGCCGAAAUCAGAGGAAAGCAAUUUCACCCUGCUAACUUGCCUGCCAGUGAAGUGUUAAGGUUGAAACAUGAACAUUUGAACGACAUCACCAACUUGACCAACAACUUCGGUGGUCGUGUCGUCGACAUCAGCGAAACAAGCUGUAUUGUGGAAUUAUCUGCAAAGCCCACACGUAUUUCUGCCUUCUUGAAGUUGGUUGAGCCAUUCGGUGUUCUAGAGUGUGCAAGAAGCGGUAUGAUGGCAUUGCCAAGAACUCCCUUGAAGACAAGCGCCGAAGAGGCCGCUGACGAAGACGAAAAGAUCAACGAAAUUGUCGACAUCUCCCAACUGCCACCUGGUUAA